AUGGGAACGCCCCCACCGCAGGACGCCCCUAUCGCAGGACACCCCAUCGCAGGACGCCCCCACCGCAGGACGCCCCCAUCGCAGGACGCCCCCACCACAGGACACCCCACCGCCGGACACCCCCAUCGCAGGACGUCCCCAUCGCAGGACGCCCCCACCGCAGGACACCCCCAUCGCAGGACGCCCCUACCGCAGGACGCCCCCAUCUCAGGACGCCCCCACCGCAGGACGCCCCCAUCGCAGGACGCCCCCACCGCCAGACACUCACUUCACAGUGAGUCGGGUUUCCUGUCAGGUUGCCGUGAACCCUGCUGA